UAAGCAUCAAAGUUGGCGCUCCACAAGACUAUCAUCUACCUGUGCUCGACCUGAGCCUGGGAAAGAACAAAAAUCCUCCAUGCUGGACCACUAUAACUGUGAACCUUCGGCGUCUUUGUUCUUCUGAGAGCCAAGAAGCCAGUUUAAGUUCGGUUUCAAAGUCCUUAUAAUGGGGUCCAGAGUAGGUGGCCUAGGUUCCUCUGGAUUAGCGGCCGACAAAGCUUUAGCUGGAGUGCCACGUCUCCUUGAUGAUUUGCAACGCCUUUCGGAAGAUGCUGAUUCCGCUGACAUUGUUUUCCUUCUCGGAAGAGACGAAGACAGAGUGUUUGCUCAUAGAGUUAUUCUGAUGGCCAGAUGUAAAAGUUUCCAAACCGCAAAACGAGGUGAGAUAUGUCGGAUUCCAGGAUGCACGGUGUCACCAGCUGCACCAGGUACUCCUACUCCUGUAAGAUUACCACAAGUACCACCUGAAACAUUCAAGCAAUUUUUGCUCUAUGUAUAUACUGGAAAAAUAUUAUUACAGGAUAAUGGAGUUUUCGAAAUGUUGGCUCUAGCACAAGAACUGGGAGUUGAAGAAUUAAGAAACGCUUGCGAAGAUCAUGUAACGUCCACCUUAUCAGUACAAUCAGCCUGUACAUUUUUAUCUUCUGCUAUGGAUAUCCAAGAACGAUCUCCUGGAGGAAAAGCAGCAAGCGGAUUUGUUGAAAGAUGUAUUAGUUAUAUUGGGGAAAAUGCUUCCAACUGUUUUAAAACUAAUUCAUUUCUUUCUUUACCAAAGGAAGCAGUAAUAAAAUUGAUAUCAUCUGAUUAUUUAUGCAUGGAAGAAGAAGAUGUAUGGAGAGCUGUUUUGAGCUGGGCCAAAUAUCAAGCUGGUGUUACACAGCCCACUGCUCAUUGGACAGAAGAAGAAAAAGCUAGGGUUUGCCAACAUCUCAACCAUGUAAUAAAUCAUGUUAGACUACUAUUAAUUGAUAGCAGAGUUUUCGCAGAGGAAGUUGAGCCCACUGGGGCAGUACCUAUGGAAUUAAGUUUGGAACGUUAUAGACAUGCUGCUCUCCCUAACAAAUAUCAAGAUUCAUCUGGUGAAGCACGUCUCAGGCCUAGGAUGUCCCCUCAUUUAUUUCCUGGUACUCAAAUACUCAGUCAAGAUAAAAGCCAUUAUCAAAGAAUAUUGAAUACCUGGUUUGGACAGCCAACACAGACAUGGAGACUGAUAUAUAGAGCAAGUAGCCAUGGCUAUUCAGCAUCCGCUUUCCAUCGACACUGUGAUGGAAUAUCUCCCACAUUUGUAAUUAUUUUAGGAUCUAGAGGUGAAAUUUGCGGUGGAUUCAGUGAUGUUGCUUGGGGUAGACCAACCGGAAAGAGUCAUUACAUAGCUUCCGAUAAAGCUUUUUUAUUUACAUUACACAAUCAUCAAGAUCAUCCACCCACGAAGUUCCAUAUUGUCAAAAAAUCCUUUGCCAUAUGUUAUCACCCAGACAUAGGUCCCACUUUUGGUGCAGGAGCCGAUCUUCUCAUUUCUAGUAAUUGCAAUAGCAAUGUAGAAAGUUAUUCCAAUUUACCUCAUACAUAUGACGGAGAUGGUGCCUCCCCUAGUAUACUGAUGGGUGACUACAACUUCACAGUUAUGGAUUAUGAAGUUUUUACUCCCUUAAAUAUUAGUUCGAAACAUUCCAAGAGUUGAUAUUCCAUCUUGUAAAUAAAUAUUUUUAUUGGAAAAAAUUAUUAUUUUCUAUUUGUCACUCACUACAGCUGAAUAAUAGUACAAAUUUGUAGUAUCAAAAUUUUCACCACUUCAACUGUUCAUCAGGCAAAGUAUUCAUAGAAGCUCCUCAAUUUUGAAGAACUCUCAUUAUAAUGAUUCUAUAGAUUUCACCAAUGCUCUUGUAAUAAAACGUUAAAUCUUAAAAGAUUCAUUGUUUGUAAUUUGUAUGCAACAUAUCAGUGAAGGAUCAGAUGUUUAAUGUCUGUUACAGUUUCAAGGAAUAAUUCAAGGAACUUGUAUAUUUCAAUUGUAAAUGGAGAGUUGAAGAAAAAUUACCAAAAUUGCUUUUUUAAUUUUUUUAACUUGAAUGAUAAUAAUAAUAAUAGUUUAUUCUGAGAAGAAAUGAAGGAAUAGAUACAUAUUAUAGCUUGGAGAACCAAUUUAAGUAAUGACAGCAUCAAAAAUCUAUUUGACAUAAUGCUCACCUUAAAAAGAAAUAGUAUAAUUAUGUUCAAUAUUUUUAAUUGAAGACUAACUCUGGAUCAAGGGCGUAGAAAUGGGGGUGGGGGUUAAUUACCCCCCAAGAUUUUCAAAAUAUAAAAUUUUAGAAAUCUCCCAAAGACGAAGAACAAA